AUCAUCUUUUCCAAGAUGGCGACGCACCUGUUUCUCUGGCGAUGAUCCUCUUAAUUUUUGCGCAGUUUUUAUAAAAUAACCACCGGGAAUACGUUGUCGACAAACCGGCGGUGGGUGAGGGAAACUCUGAAGUGAUCUGCACCGUCCAGAAUGUCCACGGAGGAGCUGUCGGCUUCGGAUAGCGAGACUGUGUUCGCCAGCGCCGGGGAGCGAUGGGCACCGGUGGGCGCCGUGGCCAGCCCCGAGGAGGAGAGCGGCGGCCGGCCGAGGCAGAGAGGCUCGUCGUCGGCCACCGAUGAGGAGAUGGCCGCCCGGCUGAUGAAGCUGGAAGAGGAGCAGGACUUGUUGAAUUCGUCUCUUUUAGCGCUAACGUCGCACUUCGCGCAGGUUCAGUUCCGACUGAAGCAGAUAGUUCACGCUCAGAGCGAGGAGAAGGAGAGGAUGCUGGCCGAGCUGGAGGAGUUCGCUUUCCGGGGCUGCCCGCACGUCGUGGGCUGCCGAGCCCAGGACGCCAAGCAGCUGGAGAACUCGGAAGAUCUGAGCGAGAGGGAGAAGCGGGAGCGACUGGAGGCGCAGAGGGAAAAACAAAAGGAUCUCAUCGUCCAGCUGAAGACGCAGCUGGACGAUCUGGAGCGCUUCGCCUAUCAGGAGGGCAGCUACGACUCGCUGCCACAGUCCGUCGUCAUGGAGAGGCAGAAGGUCAUCAUCGACGAGUUGAUAAAGAAGCUGGACGUGAAUCUGAACGAGGACAUCGGGAACUUGUCCCCGGAGGAGCUGAGACAGCGGGUGGACGCCGCCAUCGCUCAGAUCGUGAACCCGGCCCGAGUGAAGGAGCAGCUGGUGGAGCAGCUGAAGACCCAGAUCAGGGACCUGGAGAUGUUCAUUAACUUCAUACAGGAUGAGGUGGGGAACCCUCUUUUGUCAGAUGGAGGGCAGAGUCAGCAGCCGAAAGCAGUUGGAGCCAACGGCAGAGCUGCAGGGAUGAAGAAGAAAGUGGACCCGGUCCAGGCCGAGCGGAUGCGGGACACGGGCCUGCAGCUCAUCCAGAAGGCUCUGGCCGUGCUGCAGAUCUUUGCUGCCAGUCAGUUCGGCUGCUCGGCCGGCCACGUCCCCCAGAACCUUUGGCCCCAGGACUGUCCGGGCCGGGACUACGGCCCCCUGCUGCAGCGCCUGGAGGCGGCCGUGGAGAAGGUCCGGGUCCUGGGCUCGCGGCGCCAUCCCUCCGUGGAGCACGUGGUGAGCUACAGCGGCGGGGCGGCGGCGGCGCUGGGCGCCCGGGACGAGCUGACGACGGCGGUGAGGAAGGAGCUGGCGGUGGCGCUGAAGGACCUGCUGGCCCACGGCCUGUUCUGCCCCUCGCAGACCAUGAGCCUGGUGCUGGCGCCCAUCUCCUGCCUGCUGCCCUACCGCCCCGCCCCGCUCGCCAUGCACCCCUGGGAACUCUUCGUCACGUACUAUGAGUCCAAAAACGGGAAGGCGUUCGUGGAAUCGCCGGCCCGAAAGCUGUCGCAGUCCUUCAGCCUGAAGGUGGGCGGCGGCCCGGGGACGGUGACGCCCAAACACUCGCUGCUGUGGGCCGUCCACUCGGUGCUGAAGGAGCACGGCCGCUACAAGCGCGGGCCGGACUCGGAGCUCAAAGCGCUGGUGUGCAUGGCGCUGAACGAGCAGCGGCUGGUUUCCUGGAUCAACCUGCUCUGCAAGUCGUCCACUCUGAUCCAGCCGCACUACCAGAGCUGGAGCUACAUGGCCCAGACGGGCUUUGAGGGCGCCCUGCGCAUCCUGGGCCGCAUCAGCCACCUGCGCUUCAACCUGCCGGUGGACCUGGCCGUGCGGCAGCUCAAGAACAUCAAGGACGCCUUCUGACGAGGCUCUCCGCGGCGCCGUUCACUGCAAAAACACAAAGUCUGACCAAGAGUUUCUGUUCAAAAUGUCUCUUUAUGUUUAAAAUAAGACAAAACUAAAUCACAAGAAAUACCAACUUAUUUUAAGUCAGUUAUUAUCAAAUAUUGAUAGAAAUAACUCACUGGCAGAUUAUCUCACUUAUAACGUAGAGAAAAAUGUCUUGUUGCCAUGGAAACUAGUACUUUUUAUCAAUAUUCAAGAACUACGUACUAAGAAAUUUCUACAUCUUGCUGAAAAAUUAGUUUUGUCUUAUUUCAAGUGUACUAAGAAUUUUGCAGUGUACUCUAACCCGUUACAGGUUGUUUACAUGUGCAUGAAUGUGUUUCUCCUCUAAACAUGCCUUACGCUGCAAAAACACAAAGUAUUACCAAGUGUUUCUGUUUGGUUUCUGUUUCAAAUGUCUUAUUAUGUUUGAAAUAAGACAAAACUAACUCACAGGUAACAUUUCAGCAAGAAAUACCAGCUUGUUUUAAGUCAGUAAUUACUGAAUGUUGAUAAAAAUCAUUGCUUCACUUUUAACAUGGGAAGAAAUAUCUUGUUGCCAUGGAAAUGUGUACUUUUUAAUAUUCAAGCAUUAUUUACUGAAAACAAGCUCCUAUAUCUUGCUGAAA